CACGGUCCCAUCAUGAAGGCCGUUCAAUUGGGUUUUCUGCUUCUGGUUGUGUUUUGCACUAGUUCUCAGCAGCUUUCGAAGCCUGGUGACCCCACUUACAUGGCAGCGGUGGUGGAACACAAGGAGGCGGAGGGCAGUAGUGCCAGGCAACGGGCCAGUUUCGCAUCGGCAUCAUUCCAAAAGCUCAUCAAAGAUGCCGGCGAUGUGGACAUCAUUGUGUUCCCCGAGCAUAUCCUUAAUAGUCGGGAUACAGCCACCUUUGUGCCCCAUGAAUCCGAGAAUGUAACGCCCUGCUACCAGACAGACUACGAGCUCUUCCUCAUCGAAUUGUCCUGCUCGGCUCGAUCAAAUGGCCUCUAUGUGGUCAUAAAUGUGGUGGAGAAGGAACUAUGCGCCAAUGGCGUAGGCUCUGAUGCCCUCACUCCAUGUCCUGCGACGGGAGUUCGGUAUUUCAACACCAAUGUGGUGUUUGAUCGAAGGGGAAAGGUGAUCUCGAGGUAUAGGAAAAGCCAUCUGUGGCGUCACGAAUACGUGGAAAUAUCGGUGCUCCGUACUCCCGAUUUAUCCACAUUUACCACCGAUUUUAACGUAACCUUUGGCCACUUCAUCUGCUUCGAUAUGUUGUUCUAUGACCCAGCUGUGAAAUUGGUAAGUGAGCUCAAGGUCACGGAUAUUGUAUAUCCCACCUAUUGGUUCUCGGAACUGCCGUUCCUGGGUGCUGUUCAACUUCAAGAGGGCUGGGCAUUUGGUAAUGACGUCAAUCUACUGGCCGCCGAUGCCAGUCAGCCCGAUGGACGCACCACGGGAUCUGGGAUAUAUGCCGGUCGGGGAGGACGACUUGUGGCGGAGAUUUUCGAGGAGCCCACCACAAAACUGCUCAUAUCGGAGGUUCCGAAAAAGGAGUUUGGUCAACUGAAACCCACAUUCUCUCCUCUAUUCACCCCUGAACUGAAAACCCAACGAGUGACGGGAGUGGCCACCUUUAAGGACUACAAUGUGGAUAUAUUUGAAAGUGAGCUGCUUGAGGAUGAUUUCCUGAAUGUGGAGAGGAAGUUGUGUCAUAACAGCUUCUGCUGCUCCUUCUCAAUCGCCAGAAAGGUGACCACCUCCAGUGAGGUGACCUCCAUUGAUGCCAAAUCGUAUCGCUAUAGAAUUGCCGCCUAUUGGGGCAAUGAGACCACCGUGAUCCGAGUGGAUCGUACGGAGCAGGCCACUUGUGCGCUGUUUGCCUGCACGAAUGAGGAUAUCACCAGCUGUGGCUAUAUAUUCCCCGAAUUCGAGGAAGUCAUCAAUAAGCACCACUUUACGGAGCUACACAUUUCUGCCGAUUUCCCAGCUGCUCCUCGUGGUCGUCGAUUAAUAAUGCCCAGCACCUUAAAUGCUCUUUUCCUGCCCGUUUCCGUAUCGGAAUUCGAUUGGACGGAAUCACCAGAGGCGUCUCCAAAUCCAGAUAAGCCCAUAUUGGUGGAUAUGAAUCUAUUGAAGGCGCAGAACGACCUGCUGACCUUUGCCAUUUGGGCCAACUACUUCACGGAUUUGCCAAGCAGCCACAAUUUGGAUCACCUGCACCCGAAUUACACUGUUCCCUCGACUUCCGGAUCGUCGGGGAUUUUCAUCCCCAGUAUUUUAUGUCUCUUUAUCUGCCUGUUCCUCUUACUAUAAUAUAAUCACUUUUUUUUCAACCCAUUGGAAAUAAUGCAUUGUUUAAUACAUUUUUUGGCAGCCACAAAUUGUUUAAGUCCCCAGUUAAUUCUUAGACCCAUCUAUAUCUUAUAUCUUUUUUAUCUCCAUCAAACUCGGUGACCCAUAAUAUAUUUUUAAUGGUUUUGAUUUUAUUCUGCAUAGAUAUGCACAUUUCAUAAUUUGAAUAUGUUUAUUUUGUUGCUUACGCACAAGGAAGUUAAGAUAAUAAAACCCAUCUUCAGAUAAACAUCUUGGUUUUUAUAAUAUUUGCUUGAUAAGGCUUGAUAACGAAAUGUAUUAUGUCAUGUUAUAAAAUAAAACAGCUGAAUAUUUGCA